AUGGGCACAGUCCUGUCCCUGUCACCUGCCCCUGGCAAAGCUGGACCUUUGGAUGAUAAGAAGCCAGAGCCCCCUGGCGUAGGUGGUGGCUAUCUGGCCAUUCCUAAUAGCAAAAAUGGAGGCAGCAAACCUGAGAAGAGCCUAAAGAGACAUUCGGUGCUCAUCUCUGCGCUCACUUGGAAGAGGCUGGUGGCAGCUUCCGCCAAGAAGAAGAGCGCCAAGAAAAUUAACCCCAACCCCGGACCCAUCAAUGGCCCGCUGCUGCCCAACAACAACCUGGUGGAGCAACUCAAUCAUGAGAACCUGCGUAAAUCUCAGGUCAGUCCCGGUCGGAGGGAACCCAAAGCUGUCCCUGUCCCUACUGUGCCCACCGAAGGCCAGAAGAUCCAGCAACAGCAGCUGGUGGCGGUGCAGAAGCAGGCAAGCGGUCGGUCCCUGUGCUCGCCGCGUCGGGUCAUAGUCCAGGCGUCCACAGGGGAACUCCUCAGAUGUCUCGGAGAAUUUGUUUGUCGUCGGUGCUAUAAACUGAAGGAGCUGAGCCCCGGAGAACCCACCAUGUGGUUCCGUAACGUUGACCGCUCAUUGCUCCUUCAAGGUUGGCAAGACCAAGGCUUCAUCACCCCGGCCAACCUGGUGUUUGUCUACCUUCUCUGUAGAGAGGCCAUUGGAGAUGAACUGUCCACCGAGUACGAGCUGCAAGCCUCCUUCCUCACUUGCCUCUACUUGGCUUAUUCCUACAUGGGCAAUGAGAUUUCUUACCCCCUCAAGCCCUUCCUGGUGGAGACCGAUAAAGAGGUCUUCUGGCAGCGCUGCCUGAGCAUCAUUGACCGUAUGAGUGCCAAAAUGCUGCAGAUCAACUCUGACCCCCACUUUUUUACACAGGUCUUCCAGGAUCUGAAGAACGAAGGAGACACCAGAGAACCCAACGGCCACUGGACUAUAAAUCUGGACCGUUAG